CAUAGAGCUAGCUAGCUAAGGAUUUAUAUAUCUCUAACCCGACUUGACUCGAGUUAAUAGCAAAUCAACUCGUCAAAAUGGUAGCCCUCACAACCCUCCUCCCACACAUCCUCUUCCCGCUGUAUUUCUAUCCCGACCCCGGGGCCUGGCAACCGCUGUAUACCAGUCUAUCCAGUUACCCCAGCGUGACCUUCGAUGUGAUCAUCAACCCCGAUUCCGGGCCAGGCAGCACGGUUUACCCUGAUUCGAACUUCAUUGCUGGGAUUGCGGAAUUGAAUUCAUAUCCCAAUGCCAAUCUCCUUGGUUAUGUGCACACUUCGUACGCGACUCGGAAUCUGACGGUAGUUGAGAGCGAGAUAGCGCAGUACGAGAAUUGGUCGAAGUACGAGGAUGCGGAUAUUGCCGUGGCGGGAAUUUUCUUUGAUGAGGCGCCGGAUACGUAUUCAGAGGCUUCGUAUCAGUAUAUGGAGAGCGCUGCGAGUUAUGCCGAGUCUUUGUAAGUCCUCUUUUCUCUUGGAAAGGUGUGAGUUCUGUGGCAUUGAGAUGAGUGGCUUGGAGUGAGACGAGACGAGGGAGGGAGGCAGAGAAAGACAGAAAAGCAAGGAGAACAAAAGAAGAAAUAUUGACUCGUGCUUUCAGGUCAUUACCAACAAUCAUCUUCAACCCUGGUACCGUACCGG